AUGACAGAAGAAUUCGAAACCGCUAGAGUUUGUACCGGAACAUGGUGGUGCUCGUCCAAUGGCAUGUUCUCCGGCUGCUCUCUGCUACGUUCCACAGAGAAUUCUAUCAAUAUCGGUGGCUUUGAAUGGCAGAACACUGAUACCUUCGAUGCAGAAACAUAUAACGAGAGCUAUUUUAAUACUUCCACAUCCUUAAGCAAUUCAAAUCUUGAUUCCAACUCACAAAUCUAUGUUUCGAAUCAGUCUAACCUUCAUGAAGAAGAAAGAUUUUAUCCGAUAAAUAGUUUUCUAGAAGGAUUGUUCGAUACUAGUGAGCAACAAUCCGUUACUAACUGUGCGAAACCAGAACUACUUGAGAGCUUCUUCGAUGACAUUUUCUUGAACGAAUCAAGAAUUGUAUCAGCCUUUGAUCACGAGAGUAGAGACACACCUGAGGAAGAAAUACAAGCCUGCAAGAGUUCAACUACUUACAAGAGAGCAAGUGAGAAAAGUAAUGAACUCGAAUAUAUUGAGUCAUUACAGCCAAUAAAAAGACCAAGACUGGAGACGCCAUCUCAAUUUCCAAGCUUCAAAGUUCGUAAAGAGAAACUAGGAGAUCGGAUCACCGCGCUUCAACAACUAGUUUCACCUUUUGGCAAGACAGACACUGCUUCUGUCCUCCAAGAUGCUAUAGAGUACAUCAUGUUUCUUCAAGAACAAAUCAGUAUCUCCAGUAAUACACCCCUGAAAUCCAAAGGAUCUGGUGAACAAAAGCAGUUUUCAGACAAAACAGAGAAUAAUACUCAUGAUGAAGAUUAUAGUUCAAGACAAGAUCUUCGAAGCCGUGGUCUUUGUCUGAUGCCGAUUUCAAGUACUUUCUCCGCUUCUCCUCCGCAUUUGGACACAUCUACUUUCUGGAAUUAA